AGCCGAGCCGCGCCGCUUGAUCGGGAGACGGAUCCCAAACCGACGACCGGUUUAUCCGGCGCGGGGAAGAGAGACAUCAUCUUAAUCCAUGCGUUUAUGCCCCCCCAUCCGGUCUCGUGCGACGAUCGCUGCAGUGGAUGCCGCGGCGCCGUCCCGAAGACACGCGAAAAAACCUACGCCGCCAAAAAAGAAAAGAAAAAUCACAAUAAUAAUAAUGAUAAUAACAUAAUAUUGUCUCGACAAUAUUACAUGAACAUAGGCGUUUAUACAGAUAUAGUGGCAGUCGGCCGCGGUCCAUUUGUCUCAACAGUAUAAUUUUAAAAACAAAUAACUGUCAGCGGUUCGUCAAUCAAGUACAGCGGCUGAUCGAGAUUCGACAUUGAUGUACGGCGACGACGGCGGCGGAACACCAUCCGGACUAAUAUCCACAUAAUAAUUAUUAUUGUCGUUGUUAAUAAUUAUACACAUGCAUAGUAUAUGUGAAUUAACGGAACAAGAUAGUCUUGAUGAUCAUUUUUCACAUAUAAAUCGUAGACUAGUCCAAAGAUCUUCCAAAAUGAGUCGACCCAAUGGACUCAAAAGUGGUCGGACUCUAAUGAACCUAUUGACGAGUAGAGGGACGGACAUGCUACAACAUACGGAACCUUUCCAUCACUUUUGGGUGACGCUCAGCUCGCUUUACGGCAUGGUUUUGGUUAUCCUCAUGUUCGCCAUCUGUUUGAUAGAAGUAAUGGACAAUCCUGUCAAAUUAUUAUCAAUACAAGGGAUUUAUCUCAUGUACUUGUACUUGGGAAGCAUAGCCGUUAUUAUAUGUAUUUAUGUAUGGGUAUUAAUCGAUUCGUGCGUCAGCUUAACUUCAGACGAAACUGAAAUCGUCACGUCCGACUCAUCAUCGCCGGGUGUCUUUACAUUGAACCGGUUCAACUCGUUGAAACAAUUUAGUUCGUUGAAACGUGCGCAUAUUUCACGUUCAAAGACUUCGGACACCAGUUUUUACUUGAGAGUAGGAGCUUUAGUGUUCGGUUUAGGAACGCUUGUAUUCAAUGGUUUAGAAAUGGCCAUGUAUUCCAUGAUGGAUAUUAGCUGUUUAAACGAUGUCAUUUUCGUACAUCCAAUACUACACGGACUGUUUACAUUUUUACAGAUGCAUUUUCUUUUCAUAAAUUCUCAGGUGUUAGUCGAAAGGUUUGGUUUGGCCGCUAGAUUUGGAUUCAUGCAUUUAGCUGCCACAAACAUUGCUUUAUGGGUGCGAUUGGUAAUCUGGGAAAGUGGCAUUGAAUGGAUUUACUUCAUCCAUCUAGCACAAACAUCGAACAUAGGCAUGUCAGCAUCAACAUAUGAAUCCAGUAUUCCUACGCCCUUACAACUGCGUGGAUUUCCUAGUUUUAUCACCUCGAGACACACGCGAGACCUAAAACCAGAUUAUAAUGGAACGUUUAGAAAUUCUAUCUAUCAACCUGUGUCCGAGAAUCAUGUGACACAAGUAGUAACACUUCAUCAUUGUUUAAAUACUAAUUCACUUGGUCAACUUUUAACGUCUUCUAUGCCAUAUCUCUAUCCGUUUAUUGUGCAAUUUAGUUUGAUUGCUGCGGGAGUGACUUAUGUAAUGGGCCAGAACGUGGGCAUUUGUCAGAUGAAACCGUUGAAACGUAACAUGCAAAAACCGCAACCGUCAUCGCAAUUGUCGUCGUCGUCAGCGCCCAAAGACCCGCAAAAAGACUCAGCUGCACAUCUGGGACGGUUGUACGUGUCUCAGGGCGUGAGCUUUUCAGGCGCCAACAAGGGCCUGUUCCUCGGUCUGCUGACGUUGGUCAUGGUAAUCGUGGUGGUCAUCAUAUUUCUGGUGGUCAAAGAUGACGUGGACUUCGCGUCCGACACCCUGUUCUGGAUGACGUCCACCACGCUGGCCACCAUACUGUCCACCGGCACACUAUUGGGCUGCGUGGGCCUCUACCAGGUCCGCAAGCUGUGUCACAACGGCAACCAGCUGUCGGCGUUAGACACGAUGCUGGCCACCGUGUCGGGCGCGGGCGUCGUCCUGUACGCGCUGUUCAGCACCAUGGUGGGCGCCGUCGGCAUGGCCACGUCGCAGCCCGGCACCUCCGAACAGAAGGUGGACGCCAUGCUGACCGCCGUUAACGUGCUGCAGCUGGUCCAAGUGGCUGUUCAGAGUUCAUUGACUGCCGAGGCUUACAGGAGGAGUUCGUGGUCGAGACAUCAACUGUUCUCCAAACCAGGUCGUCAGAUAAUCACAUACUUGCUGUGCAGCAACAUCGCUCUGUGGAUGUUCGACUCGUUUAUUACGCAGAGUUGGAUAAGUCAAGAACGACAAUUGCGUUUUAUGGGUUUGCUAUCCUGGGGACUGCUGUCCAGGAUAUCGCUGCCAUUAGUAGUUUUCUACAGGUUCCAUUCGGGAGUACUUUUAUUACAAAUCUGGCAUAAAUCAUAUAAAUGAAUAUUUGGCUAGAUAAAAUUUUAUACUUGUACUCUUUUUUUUUUUUUUACGA